CCACGGCGAACGGAGGAGAUAACGAAACUUAGCCACAGCGCCGUCGCUUUUACCACCAGCAACGCUCCCACCGUAAGGCCGGAGACGGAGAAUCCCCAAUUUUCUCUCACACAUCCAGGUUUGGUUUGCAAAUGGCCAAAACUGGCAAGGUGCGGAAGUCUAAUUCACAGUGUCUGAGGUCAAAUCCUUAUCCAUUAUCCUCUUGCAUAAAAAGAGCUGUUAAGGAAGGUCACAAGAAGGGGAAAUGCUCCAAAGCUCAGGAGAAGAAAGAUUGGAAAGAUGCAACAUGCUCUGUUUGUCUGGAGUUCCCCCAUAAUGCUGUUCUUCUCCUUUGUUCCUCUUAUCACAAGGGCUGCCGCCCCUAUAUGUGUGCAACUAGCAGACGGUUCUCCAAUUGUCUUGAUCAAUAUAAGAAAGCUUACACAAAAGUUACUUCAAUAAACAAUGGGUCAGCGAAUAAUUCAAGGGUUAUUUUGGGUUCAGAGGAGGCUGAUGAGAAGCCAGAAGUGCCAGAGCUUUUAUGUCCACUAUGUCGGGGGCAGGUGAAGGGUUGGACAGUGGUGGAAGCAGCCCGAAAGUAUCUAAACCAAAAAAGAAGAUCCUGCAUGCAGGAAAAGUGCUCUUUUGUUGGAACUUACCGGGAGCUAAAGAAACAUGUUAAGACAACGCACCCAUUGGCAUGCCCUCGGGCAGUGGAUCCUGUGCUUGAAGAAAAAUGGAAAAAGCUUGAGCAUGAAAGAGAGUGGAACGAUGUAAUUAGCAUACUUAUAUCGUCGACACCUGGUGCAAUGGUCUCGGGAGAUUUUGUGAUUGAGCCAGGAUAUGACGUUUAUUCAGAUGAAAAUGAUUCAGAUGAAAAUGAUUCAGAUGACUCCCUUGAUGAUGGCUAUUUUCACUUGGAAUCGUCUAACCAAGGACAGAGUCGCAACAUUCCUUACCACUAUUCAUUUGAUGAUCAUGGCUUUGGAACGCAGCACAUGGUCCUUUCUGUUUCCCCUCAUCGUCCUUCCCAGAACAUCCAAACAUUGAGGGCAGCGCCAGUUAGGAGACUCCCAAGAAUUAGAGGACGUUCUCAAGGCUGAUAAUUUCUAUUACAAUCUACAAGCAAUCAAAUGAAGCCCUUGCUGCAUCCAUUACAUGAUGCGAUGAUAACUAGUUUUGAUGAAUGGCAGGAUUCAGAGAGAUUGUAGAGAAACCAGGUAUUAGGGACGUUUACGGCUUCAGGUAUUGAAGCCCCAACCAAGGUAUUUGAACUCAGUUCCAAAAGAAAGGAAGGAAAAAGACAAAAUAGGUUCCCUCGCAUGUGUAUGGAUAAUGGAUUAGCCAUUAUUGUUGGGUCAAGGAUCAUUUGAUCAACUUUGUUUAAAAUUGGCAACUUUCCUUUUGUUGCCUCUUGAAUUCUUGAUUUUCAAUGAUUUUCUUCUUGUCAAUUUUUCUGAUUUUGGAUUGUAAAAUGAUUGGCAAUUCUUUCUUAU